AUUCUAGUGUCGAAAGUCGUCAGGCGUCGUAGCGUAAGGACGUACCACCCUGACGUGUGUAAUUUCAACUGCGUCGUAUUUCUACUUUAUUUACAGGUUACUAUUAGCUUCAUUUAACUAAUGUAUAGUUAUGUAAUAGUGUCUUAUUGUAUCGAAAAUCAUUUGUUGAUUAUACAAAUCACUUCCAAGGAAUAGGAAUUUAUGGACGCCAUGGUAAUCAGUGGUCAAUUCGACGAGUUUGCAUGCAGAUUUGAAUGCCUAAUGAAAACGCGCCAGUGUGCGGGUGCGGAGUUGUGGUCGAUCUGCCAAAAUCACGAAGUGGCGCCCUGUCCUCGAGGAAGCUUACGAUCAGAAUAUCAAAGUCGAAGGGUAGCAAGUCGGACGGGCGGGCUGCCAAGAAACAACAAGACGACGCUCGUGGGAAGAGCAGAAGUUCUGAAACAGGAAGCUGCAGCUCGGUGACAGAACAAGCUAGACCAGUUACGAAAAGUAGCAAACACGAGAAGCGGUUGAAUCACUCAAGGAGAACCCGAAGCGCAGACAGAGCGGAGUCGCACUAUACUUAUAUAGAUUCUGGUUCGAGCAUACUCGGCGGCGGGAUUCGGGAAAACGCUAUAGCGGAGGCGCUGUAUGCCACCAUUCCAGACACGCCGAACGCGAGCGCCAACGAAACCGGAAAUAGUCAAUUAAAUGCGCAAAGUAGAUCGCAACCCGUUUACGCCAUUCCUUCUAUGGUAUCGCCGCCGCCCACCUAUGACGUGGCGAUCUCGAAAACGUGGCAGACCGGAUUGCCACCCACCUACGAGGAAUACCUGUGUCAUAAAUACGCCAUGAUAUCGCGAUCUCAUACACCACCUCCUCCAUGGUCAGAUUCUACGACAGCGACGACGACACCUACGGCACCAAACGUUCAGACGCGUCGCGAAUUGUUGGCCAGUCAGCCCGAACUCAGAGAAUAUUUGGCGCAGUUGUCGCUUUCUCAGAACAACGAGAGAUCCAUUGGCCAUCACCACCACCAUCAGGGAACCGUUCUGCGAGAUAGCAGCUACCUCUCGAACCAGCAAGUCUCGAGGGAGCAAGUGAGGACGCAACAACGUCCACGAGCUAUGCCUCCCAGAUCCCAAAGCGAGAGCCGUGUGCAGCAGCAAAGAAUCGCGACGAUGUACGAGGAUGGCGCGUUCUGCAUGGAAACGACCGCGUUGCAAUCAGCAUUCGAGAACGGGAUAGCCCUGUGCAGCUUGAUGUAAGCCACAGUGAAGAUCCGCGUAGCGAUCCGGAACGGAACAUAACUAGAGAAUUGCCCGAUUCGAAAAAUCGAGGCGUCUCUAUUCGCGACCGUUAGAAGAGAAGAAUUUCAUCGUGGAUGCAACGAAGCCCGUCAAGGUUCCGGCGACAAAUCCCUCGAUCGACUUUGGUAUAAUCGAUCACGCCCCUCGAUUCCUUUUUCUUUUUUCCUCCUUUUAACUUGCUAUUCCUUUCAUCGUGUCCGGGUAGAAUUAGAAACGUGAAAAGUUUCGAACUAGCACGACUAUCGUGAAAUGACCGAUAAUUAAGUGUAACUUUUUCGCUCGACUUUAUCCAGAGGAGAAACAAAAUCGAUGGACGUCCACGAGCACGAAAGGGAUUUCGAAAGUUGGGCGAGCGUUCGGAAUUUUUUAAGGCUAGUUGGAAACUUCCCAGACGGCCGGAAGUCGCCGGAGAUCCUCCAAGUUUUUCCAACCAUGCUGGACUUAAUCUGUUGGAGGAACGUGGGGAAACUUCCGAGAAACCGCGAGGAUCUCGAGGAAACUGUCAACGUUAUCCACGCAAAAAAUCCCGAGAACGCUCGAAACUUUCGAGCUUGCUCUCCACGACAUCGUCUAGCGCUUCUCCGUCGAAAUUCUGGACGUUCAUAGAACCCCCGUUGGUGUCUUUAACGGGGAAGACUAUUCGCUAAGGAUGGCUUCAGACGGCUCGACUAAGUGGUCGAUCAGUGAGAAAUUUUAGUAAGUCGCUUUGUGUAAAUGCAAAUUUAAUCGACUGGCUUAAUCGAUUGCAACGAUCGUCCGGUAAAAAACCGUAGUUGAGAUCUAAAAAAGUAGGUUUCACUCACCUGCGUAUCUAAAUUUUUGUGUUUGUAUACGAAAACUUUACCCAUCACUCGAUCCUUAAUCGACUUUCGACUGAACUAGCCUAAAUUUUCACUUACACAAAGCGACUUCUUACUUGCCAUUUCACAUACUCAGUCGACUCGACUGUAGUCACCCUAAGUGAUGAGAUUCUGUGUUCUUCGCACAAAUCUUUCUUCGAGCAAAUAACCUAGUGUAUGUAAUACGUUGGUUCAUAAGUUGUGCUGUUCUAUUUAUUAGAAAUUUGAUAUGAAGUACCGCCGCUGUCUUUUAUCGUAUUUUGUGAUCCGAAAACUUUUAAUUUUUUUAUACCUAAGCUACCACACCUAUUUGAUAAAAAUAGUAUGUAGAAACUUUUGAUAAAUAUUUCCCCUCUGGAACUUAAAAAACCAUCUGUUAUAUUCUUUUGUCUCGUAGAUUAUAUUCUCAGUUGCUAUUUUUCUUUUUUUAAUUCGACUACUUGAUGUGGUCUUUCUGUUACUAUUGCUAAAUAUUUGAAUCGAUACAAUAUAUACGGCAGUAGCAACGCGCGUGUUAAACUAAUUAGAAAAAUCGAAAAUAAUUAUCUAACAAAAUAUAUAAUUUGAUAAGUAGAAAAGAAUACUGCAUUGACAAUUGAUAAUAAACGGGGAGCAGAACUUAUGAAACGACCAAAUCGAUAUACAUCGUGUUACUUGAUUCUAUUCCAAAGGAUGGUACGAAUCGAAAAUUCCAGAGCUCACAGUACGUACGAAUGACAAUUGCAUUCGCUAUUCACGGAUCACAAGUGCGACGGAACGUUUGUAGAUAAUUCAGCUACGAGCAAGCAAUCGACGAAUAAUUUAGAAUGAAGCUCUUACUCGCAGUACUUGACGUCUCAUCUUCGGUAAUCGAUCGAUCGUUCUGUGAACCGAAAACGAAAUAUUUCGCCAUUGCCUUUGUCCUUUCUGGCUAGUCCAGGCCUUAUGCGCGCCUAACGAAACGGGAGAAAAGGAAGAAUACCUUUCGUUCCGUGUCUUCUUAUAGCAAUUAAAACCUGGGUACUCUUACACAAUCGAACUAGUAUUAUUAGUGAAAUUUUACAUGUCACAAAUUGCAAAUUCCAAGUACUAAAUUAAUAUCUAAUUUGAACAAUAUAAUUAAUAAUGCCAUAUUAUUAACGCUGGAGCUACGAAAGUAAUGAGAAUGAUCAGUUUAUAAUUUUUCAAAUUUUAAGGAUUUAUCCCAUUUGGGAUAUUAAUGUCUUUUUGUAAAAUAUAAAAGCUCGUUUUCCUCUUUGCAUUAUAAAUAUGUAUUCUUCCAAGUAGCUUUCAUUUUUAUUUCUUUGAUACAAGCUCCAUACGUUUAGCGUGAAUAUAUCGUAUAAAUUCUCUCUUAUAAAGAUAAAAACUUUAAUUGAAUUAAACGAGCGAAGUUCCGCGAAUAAAUUUUACAAUUUAGAACUCGUUCGAGACGUAAAACUUUAAAUUGUAAAGGAAAACCUACCUACAAUUUGUAACUUAUUAAUUUAUUAAUAAUAUUAAUUGUUAGAUUAUCAUGUAAGAGAACCUUGGUCAUACUGACUUCCAUUUUUCUAUAAUUUUCAUAAAUACGUAGAACUCGUUACUAGAAACGAAAGCGUAGAUUUUUAAUUAGAAAUUAAACGAAGGGAGAUGCAACGACUUCGGAAUGAAUCGAGGAAGCACAAUGUUCGCGUAGACCUAAUUUUACAGGCGUUAUAGAUCGUUUGUUCUUUGUUUUAAUACGGUGAUCUCGCUAGAGAGUUCUAUUUUUUCUAUGGCUUUUACGCGUGCAUGUUCUGAUUCCUAUCGCGAUUACGAGUACGUACACCUAGAUUUAUACAAACGUUGCACGUAAUUUGAACGGUACUAGUCAUUCUGCUGUUGGAUUAUCUAAUGUUUGUAUUACGAGUGUAACGUGACACCACAUCAUCGAUGAGCUAAUAGGGUAAUGCACGGUUGCAUCCAAUCGUUUAUGUAAAUGGGCUUAUAAUUUUGCAUUAGGCAUUUAGACGUCGCUGUAUAUGGAUGCUAUGGAUUUUUUGAUGAACGAAAAGAUUAAUGCUGGAUUCAGUGUAGGAAUUAUAUUAUUUAUAGUCUCGAUAAUUUUACCCAUUUUACAUUAAAGACCAACGAAAGCAGCAUAUUUUACAAAGUUUGCAUUCAAUGGAUUCGAGCCUCGAUUGCGAGGAAGUUGAUUCAAUCGUCGGUUGAUUCAAUGAAUGAAACCUCGAAAAAGAAUUUAACAGGCCCUCGAUGGUCGUUUCGAAAUGAAAUUCAAAUUCGUGUUCACUGUCGAUCCUGUUUUAUCGAUAAACAAAUUAUCCAAGCAAACACUGUGUUCACUACAAAUACAUUGACUGUCGCCACAUUAAGUUCAUUUUUCAUGUUUCUUGGUAAAUGUCCUUCUUUCCAUUCGUCAAAAUUAUCGUGAAAACAACCACGUGGUUUGUUUCCAACGAUCGAAAAUGCGACGAGUAUUAUAUUAGGUUGUGUAAUAAGUUUGAACUGUCGUAUAUCUUUAAAAAAUUGUCAAAAAUAUUUUAUUUUUUAAUUUUAACCAUUACCCGUUUAACAAAAUCUCCGUAUAUUGAAACUUAACACAUAUUUCAUGUAUUGCGAGAAUUAACGAAGCUGUGGUGAUUUCAGUUAUAAAUAGUUUGUUUACUAAAGACAGCCCUGAUUUUCGUUCUGACUUUAUAUCAUUAAAUUAUACAAACUAAGCAAUAUAUCCCUGUUGCUUCUCGGCUUUAUCGUAUGUCCAUUCAUUAUCGCUCAUAUAUGCAAUAUAGUUAGAAAUAUUUCUGAAAACUAUUAAUGUCUAUGAAAAUAUCAAGAAAUUUCAUUACAAGUUUCUUUAACUCUCUGAAUAUUAUAACAAAUAUUUGACCGUAGAUAUUUCAUAUAUUUUUAUAUAUACAAACUAUAUCAAAUAUUCUGCAUAUUUUUAUAUAUUUCAAUUUUCAGCAAAUGUAUAAACAUCCACAGUCCACUUAUUACACAAUCUGGUAGAUUUUCAUUCAAAGUUUUCGUUCUUUUCCUGAAUGAAACGUUCAAUAUCUGCGAAUUAUCCUAGUUCGUUACAGUUAUAGUUUCGAUUUAAAGGCACUAUAGGUGUGCGAAAGAAACCAAAGGACAUUAAAAAUUUCUAUAGGAAAUAGAAAAACGUGUCGAUCUUUACUGUCAUGUUGUAUAUAUUCGCAUAUCUAAUCGUAAAACAUAAAGAGUUAAGAUAUUAUUAUCAAACAUAGUGUCCUUGAAUUUCGUUCGGGUACGCAAUCCCAAGCAAUGUAAGCUAAAUACGUGAACGAUACGAAUUUAUCGGAAACAUUUCGUUUCACAUGAUUCUGUAACAAUACUCAAGUGUUUCGUCACAGCAAAUACACUGUAAGGUUCAGAAGUAUGCGUUGACGAAAUUUUAACGAAUGUUCACGGAACGACGCCGUAGAACAUCAAUUAUCCAGACAUUGUAUUACCAAAUGAAAAUUUAUUCGUAAUUAAUACAUAUGUUACGCGCACUAAUAACUCUGUCAUUGCACGUUCAUUGCUUGUUAUUCGAAAAAGGGGCUCUAUAUACAAUCAUAUCUUGACACGUACUUCGACGUAUUCGAUGCUUCUUGAAUUUCCUGUCGAACUAUCUUGACCUAUCACAAAUCUAGACUGUUCCCAUACACACGCUUAUACAUAAUCUCACAUAUUCUAACUUUUCCGGAUAGCUAUCAACAAUAUCCAGAUAAAUGGCGUUCCUCUGCGCUCGUAAGAUCCAUCGAUCAAAUGUAUUGAAAAUACAUAAUAUCACAGUAUCGAUUAAACGAUUCAGUUAAAUACUCGAGACAUGGAUUUUUUCUAUGCGAAUCGCUUCCAGCCCCCCCCCUUACCUUCGAUCUCUAUAUCAGCAAAGAAAAGAGGUAACUUAAUUCGACGAGAAAUGAAAAAUCGUCGUACUGCUCUGGGCGCGACUAAUUGUCUUCGUUAGCGGUAAUCGCAAUUCCCGUGGAUAAUUACAAUAAUUAAUCGUGUAAAGUUAUCGAGCCACUCGACGUACCACAUUAGACCAUAGGAAGACUCAGUAAUUAAGUAAACUACGGCGCUCUAGGCGUUCGAACCUACGAACCUAGGCUGUCCUAACGACAUACAAAGCAGAAAGUAGCGUAUAAAUUAAAGUCGGUGUGUUGUAAAAGGAAAAAAGAAAAAAAAACGAUAGAAGAGACGUGCCUAUGUUGCAACGUAUUAUAUUAACGUUGUUUCACAUCGGCACGUUUAUCGUAUUUAGAACAACGUUCCGACAUAUUCGAUGUAAUUUAGAAGAGCGAAUGGUCUUGUCUGUUGAUUUAUAGAGUUUAGGAGUUCCCAUUGCCGCAGAAUGCGUGCAUUCUGUUAUCCUUAACGAAGCGUUCCGCCUUGGUAAUCUAAAAAUAAUUGUAAAUAUUUGACGAAGGUCGUGCAUCCAUUGGGACGCUCUUUUUAGAUUUAGAAAAGUUGUUUUUUUACGUCGUCUCUUUGGAAUAAUGACUCGCCAUAUUUUCAUUUGGAAGUUUACUGCGUAUAUAGGUAACUAUCAGUAUCUUCUUGCACAAUUGGACUAAUGUUAUUAUAAUCGACUGUGGAUUUUUAUGCAUUCGUGGGAAAAGAAGAUGCAAAAAUGUUACGAGAGGAUUAUAAAGCAGAUGUUAUUAAGAAUUUAACGAUGGCAUUCCGCGGAUCGUAAGUAGGUCUAGUGGAACGAGGUGGAUGUACGAUAGUCGCUAAGAACACGUAAAACGUGACUCGUUAGUGUAUUAUUGCCAUACUCUCGUGAGCAUCUAACGUACACUCGAGUAACGAAGCGAUUCGACGAUUCGGAAUCCGUAUUUUACGUUGAAAAAAUGCGAAUGAUUAAAAGGUGCUUGAAAUUUAGCGUCGUAAACGAUGAUUCGAGUUCGGGAAUGUCUCCGAUCACGUUUCUUUUUGUGACAGAUCAUUUCUGUCUUGUUGUAAUGAAAUACAUCACUUAAUGUAUCAUUUUCAAUAGUUGUUUUUAUUACUAAACAAUUUUAUCGUUGAUAAACAAAACGAAAAGAAAGAAUUAUGCGAUAAGGAAUUAAAGUAAUAUCUGUCAAUCACCAUUUGCUACGAAUACCUGUCAAUCCUUUUUCUACUCGAACGACGAAUUGCUUCCAAACAAUAUUCAACAGCUUCUUCGUCAAUCGUUAUAUCAUCUCGUUAAAAAAUCAAUAUUUCAGUUGAUAAAUAAUUCACGAUACGUAUAGUCGGUGUUACAACACGUUACGGGCGCACGGUGAACUCUGACUUUUCGCACGGAUCGAUGUGGAUACCGCUACGAAUAAUCCACGAAUCUCUCAGUGAUCCACAGUGUUUACCCGAUCGAUCGCUGUAAUCUCGAGCAACGCAGCAUACGCAAAUGAAACGUCAUCGGCACUCGAGGGAUUAAUAACUCAUUUCCUUAAUAUGAAAUCCCGAAAAUCGCAAAUAAUUUCGCUGUAAAAUUAAUACGGCGAAAGGAUAACGAAAUCAGCGUGUCGUCAAUUCUCCGCCGUAUUGACGGACAUAGAAAUAAACGUUCAACGCAUAGAGUUCAAUGCAUAGAGUCGACGAAUGAUGUUCGGUUUAUUAGAAAAACGAACGAAUUCGUGUUCGAACGAACUCGAGACGGUGUUUAGCGUUACAAAGAAUGAAAAAGCGGAGAAAAAAAAUAAUGCAGUCGCGUAGAUUUAGUACUUCGUGGUGCUUCUCCUGUUCAAACGAUCUAACGUUAGCUAACAUUAACCUCGUCGAGUUUCAAGCGUGUGAUUCUCCUAUGCGCUGUCGAGCAUUCUUCGACCAUGAAAACAGUUUAAUCUCCUUUCGAGUUGCUUCCACGAGGCUUGAGAGCACAAACUGUGCAAGAGUCUUGACUUCCAAGACUAAACAGAAACGCGAAACUGACAAAGCACUCGUUACGAGGUGAACGAGAAGAAUUGCAUUCAGUGGUAUAUAAUUAAUAUAUAAUUAAUCCUGCUACGUUCUUUCCAUCACUCUCGAGUGAAUCGUGUUUCUUCAUCUUUAAAAGCCUCUUUUAUUCUUCCCAUAAAUAGUUAUAUAAUAAUAUUAUAUAUAAUAUAUACAUAAUAAUUAUAAUAUUAUUACGUUCUUAGCUAUUAUUAUUUAUAUAUAUUAUUAUUAUUUAUUAUUAUUACAUAUAUUAUAUAUAAUAAUCCUUCGGAUUAAUUGAUUGAAUCACUUGCAUUAUUUCUAUUAUAAAAAUUAUAACCGAAUUUUAUAAAAAUUAAUCUGGUACAACUACUUUGUUUGAUGAUAUAUAUAUAUAUAUAUAUAUAUAUAUAUAUAUAUAUAUAUAUAUAUAUAUAUAUACAUUUGUCCCUUAAGAUCUUUACAAUUGAAACGUGAGAUUAUAAAGUAAAAAUUGAAAGAUCGUAGCAGGACUAAAAUUAUUCUUCGCGUUUAUAAUAACGACAGCGACAGGAAAAUCGUCUCUUCAGAUGAUACAUGUACGUCUAAGCGCACACAGUUUAUCGUUCACGCGAUAAAGAGAUAAUAAAUGUAAAAGAAGGUGUAACAAUGAUGCGUCGAAGGGGAUUUAUUUCUCGGAGCAUCUUGACUUCCAGCGUAAUUAACCGCAGGGGGAAUGGAACCCAGGACUGCCAAAGAGCGCGAAACUUCUAAAAUGCAUAGGUUCUCCCGCACGAGAUUAAUUCGUGUCAAUUUGCGUGUUUCAACCGUCGUUUAAACGAGAAAGCUCGCAUUGCAUCGUAUGUAUGGAAUCGUUUCGUCGAGCGUACGAAAUUGAAUAUUUUUCGGUGUUUGAAUUGUGAAACUCUUCGCUUGUCGGCGUUUAUAAACACCUUACGCUUAUUAAGUAAUCGUUUAUCUUUAAUUAUCUUGUUUAUUAGUCUUGAACGUGAAUCUUGCGUGAAACGAGUUGCGAAAUGAAAAGUUUCCUUUUUCCUCGGUUGCAUUGUUUACGAUUCUCCUAAAAUAGCGCGGAAAUCUUAUCGUCCGAACAUUGUCUUGUGAGUAAAGCAUGCACAAUGCAAGCAACCAGGCGAUUGGUGAGCGUAACGUAUCGUUUCUCUGAAUUUGAAUUUGACUGAACGAAAUUUUCUAAUUUAAUCCGAAACCGUAAGCGAAGACGAAACGAGAGAAAUCGUUCAACGAGAAUAUGAGCGAAAGUGAAAAAUGGUCAAGUGUUUCCAUACAAAGUACGAGAUAAGAGACGUAGCGUUGUAAACUAAAUAAGAAAAAGACGAAAAGAAAAAAAAAAGAGAACAGAAUCUACGAUGGUAUUUAGUAGACGCAUUACUCCGA